AUGUGUUCCCCCACCUGGGAAACACAUAUCCCUAGUGAUAUGUGUUCCCCCACCUGGGAAACACAUAUCCCUAGUGAUAUGUGUUCCCCCACCUUGAAAACACAUAUCCCUAGUGAUAUGUGUUCCCCCACCUGGGAAACACAUAUCCCUAGUGAUAUGUGUUCCCCACCUGGGAAACACAUAUCCCUAGUGAUAUGUGUUCCCCCACCUGGGAAACACAUAUCCCUAGUGAUAUGUGUUCCCCACCUGGAAAACACAUAUCUCUAGUGAUAUGUGUUCCCCACCUGGGAAACACAUAUCCCUAGUGAUAUGUGUUUCCCCACCUGGGAAACACAUAUCCUUAGUGAUAUGUGUUCCCCACCUGGGAAACACAUAUCCCUAGUGAUAUGUGAAACACAUACAUAUCCUAGUGAUAUGUGUUCCCCCACCUGGGAAAACACAUAUCCCUAGUGAUAUGUGUUCCCCCACUGGGGAAACACAUAUCCCUAGUGAUAUGUGUUCCCCACCUGGAAACACAUAUCCCUAGUGAUAUGUGUUCCCCCACCUGGGAAACACAUAUCCCUAGUGAUAUGUGUUCCCCCCUGGGAAAACAUAUCCCUAGUGAUAUGUGUUCCCCACCUGGGAAACACAUAUCCCUAGUGAUAUGUGUUCCCCACCUGGGAAAACACAUAUCCCCUAGUGAUAUGUGUGAUAUGUGUUCCCCACCUGGAAAAACACAUAUCCCUAGUGAUAUGUGUUUCCCCCACCUGGGAAACACAUAUCCCUAGUGAUAUGUUUCCCCACCUGGGAAACACAUAUCCCUAGUGAUAUGUGUUCCCCCCACCUGGGAAAAACACAUAUCCCUAGUGAUAUGUGUUUCCCCACCUGGGAAAACACAUAUCCCUAGUGAUAUGUGUUCCCCCACCUGGGAAACACAUAUCCCUAGUGAUAUGUGUUCCCCACCUGGGGAAACACAUAUCCCUAGUGAUAUGUGUUCCCCCAUAUCCCUAGUGGACCUGGGAAACAGAUAUCCCUAGUGAUAUGUGUUCCCCUACCUGGGAAACACAUAUCCCUAGUGAUAUGUGUUCCCCCACCUGGGAAACACAUAUCCCUAGUGAUAUGUGUUCCCCCACCUGGGAAACACAUAUCCCUAGUGAUAUGUGUUCCCCUACCUGGGAAACACAUAUCCCUAGUGAUAUGUGUUCCCCUACCUGGAAAACACAUAUUCCUAGUGAUAUGUGUUCCCCCACCUUGGAAACACAUAUCCCUAGUGAUAUGUGUUCCCCCACCUGGAAAAAAACAUAUCCCUAGUGAUCUGUGUUUCCCCACCUGGGAAACACAGAUCCCUAGUGAUAUGUGAUGCUUCAUCUGGGAAACACAUAUCCCUAGUGAUAUGUGUUCCCCCCUGGGAAACACAUAUCCUUAGUGAUAUGUGUUCCCCACCUGAAAAAAAACAUAUCCAUAUCCCUAGUGAUAUGUGAUAUGUGUUCCCCCACCUGGGAAACACAUAUCCCUAGUGAUAUGUGUUCCCCCACCUGGAAAACACAUAUCCCUAGUGAUAUGUGUUCCCCCACCUGGGAAACACAUAUCCCUAGUGAUAUGUGUUCCCCACCUGGGAAACACAUAUCCCUAGUGAUAUGUGUUCCCCCACCUGGGAAACACAUAUCCCUAGUGAUAUGUGUUCCCCCACCUGGGAAACACAUAUCCCUAGUGAUAUGUGUUCCCCUACCUGGGAAACACAUAUCUCUAGUGAUAUGUGAAACACAUAUCCCUAGUGAAAUGUGUUCCCGUACCAGGGAAACACAUAUCCCUAGUGAUAUGUGUUCCCCUACCUGGGAAACACAUAUCCCUAGUGAUAUGUGUUCCCCCACCUGGGAAACACAUAUCCCUAGUGAUAUGUGUUCCCCCACCUGGGAAACACAUAUCCCUAGUGAUAUGUGUUCCCCCACCUGGGAAACACAUAUCCCUAGUGAUAUGUGUUCCCCACCUGGGAAACACAUAUCCCUAGUGAUAUGUGUUCCCCACCUGGGAAACACAUAUCCCUAGUGAUAUGUGUUCCCCCACCUGGGAAACACAUAUCCCUAGUGUUAUGUGUUCCCCCACCUUGGAAACACAUAUCCCUAGUGUUAUGUGUUCCCCCACCUGAAAAACACAUAUCUCUAGUGAUAUGUGUUCCCCCACCUGGGAAACACAUAUCCCUGGUGAUAUGUGUUCCCCCACCUUGGAAACACAUAUCCCUAGUGAUAUGUGUUCCCCCACCUGGGAAACACAUAUCCCUAGUGAUAUGUGUUCCCCCACCUUGGAAACACAUAUCCCUAGUGAUAUGUGUUCCCCCACCUGAAAAACACAUAUCCCUAGUGAUAUCUGUUCCCCCACCUUGGAAACACAUAUCCCUAGUGAUAUGUGUUCCCCCAGCUGGGAAACACAUAUCCCUAGUGAUAUGUGUUCCCCUACCUGGGAAACACAUACCCCUAGUGAUAUGUGUUCUUCCUGCUGGGAAACACAUAUCCCUAGUGAUAUGUGUUCCCCCACCUGGAAAACACAUAUCCCUAGUGAUAUGUGUUCCCCCACCUGGGAAACACAUAUCCCUAGUGAUAUGUGUUCCCCCACCUGGGAAACACAUAUCCCUAGUGAUAUGUGUUCCCCCACCUGGGAAACACAUA